AUGAGCGGAAGGGAAACGAAGGGGAAGGACAAGAGAAGGAAGGAAGAGGAGGAUGUGGGAGAGGAGGAAGCAGAGGAACACGACAAGUACAGCAGAUUCUUUUACAAGCCGCACUUCUUGCUUGCUCUAUCGACAGGAACCGUCGGUCUAUUUCAUGCGGCAUUCUACACCAGGGAAACUGAAUUCAAAGUCAAUCUGAAGAGGGGACUUCUGGGAGUAUGCUGUGCUUUCUUGCUGUAUUGUUCUCUCCCCUCACCAGUUCCUCGAUCCGUCUUCAGAAGGCCGCAUCCCCUUUUCUGGCGCCUUAUCGCUGGCGCCUCCAUCCUCUACCUGAUGGUCCUCACCUUCAUCUUGUUUCAAACAGUGCACGAUGCCAGAACGCUCGUCACCUACGUCGAUCCGUGCAGGAAUGGUUUGCACACCUGCAGCCAAGCGACGAUGAUAGGGAAAGAUCAAGGCGUGUCGAUGCCCCUGCCCGAGAGAUCGUAUGCUGAUGACUGUCGAGUCAUGACCGGCGGUCCAUCGUGCAAGUGGUGGGCUGAUCGAUCCAAGGGAGAGGAGCCGUGCUUUGCGAAUCUACAGGCAAGUGAUGCGAUCCAAGACGAAUUCGUGGUUGCGCACGUUCUUGGCUGGUGGGGAAAGGCCUUGAUCAUCAGGCAUGCGGGGGCAGCAUGGAUCAACAGCAUCGUGUUCGAGUUUGUCGAGAUGUCGUUCGAGCAUUGGAUGCCCAACUUUGCCGAGUGUUGGUGGGAUCACAUCAUCUUGGAUGUGAUGACUUGCAAUCUCCUCGGGAUCAUCCUUGGCCAUCUGUUCAUGCACUGGCUCUCGGUCAAGCAAUAUCGAUGGAUGCACAUAUCGGAGAUCCCAACACCCGAGGGUAAAUUUCUCCGCGUCCUUGGGCAGUUCUCCCCUGAGUCGUGGGACACUUACCACUGGGAUGCCCUGGAGAGCCCCAAACGUCUGCUGGUGGUUAUCCUCACUUAUGCCUGCAUCCUCCUCUGCGAUUUUAACGCCUUUGCUCUCAAGUUUAUCCUCUGGAUUCCACCCCGAAACCCUCUCAACACCUACCGGCUCGUCCUCUGGUGGCUUCUAGGCAUGUGUGCAGUACGAGAGUUCUACGAGUACUCGACGAACAGGCAAGUGAAGCGCCUCGGACAUCAUGCAUGGCUCGGAGGGAUGAUCCUCAUCACAGAGACGAUGAUAUGGGUCAAGUUCGGCAUCGCCGUCAAUGAGUUUUCGAAGCCUUUCCCCUUCUCUGUUGUCAUCAGUUGGUCCAUCGCCCUCUUCCUCUUCGUCGUCUGGUUCGUCUAUCAUUUUCACCUCGUCCCGAACAGAUUGAAGUUGAAGAAAACUUGCUGA